AGAGUAGAAUUGCUUUUAGUAUCCAUGACUGACCAAUAAUCUCGUGUCAGAUUAGAGCAACUUUAGAAGUGGGUUAAUGCUGCAGGACGCCCAGGACAACUGAGAGGAGGAGGAGUUAAGACAGCCAUGCCCGUCCUGGCAGUGAUCGUCAGCCUGAUUGGCUGGUUCUGUCUCUACCUGUCCUUCUGCUGCAUCUUCUCUCAGCGGGGGCCCGAGUGGAACUGCCGGCUGGUCACUUUCUCCCACGGAGUCCUUAUAGUGCUGCUGACAGCAUACGUCCUCUUCAUAGACGGACCCUGGCCUUUCACACAUGCAGGUACAGAAAACACUGAGCUGCAGACCUCCUCCCUGGCCGUCUGCCUGGGCUACUUCUUCUUUGAUAUGUGCUGGUGUGUGUGCUACCGGACUGAGGGUCCCCUGAUGCUGGCCCACCACGCUGCGAGCAUCGUGGGCAUCCUGCUGGCUCUGUUCAUGGGAGUGUCCGGCUGCGAGACCUGCGGCGUCAUCUUUGGCAGCGAGAUCACCAACCCCCUUCUGCAGACCCGCUGGUUCCUCCGGCAGCUGGGCCUGUACGACAGCCUGCUAGGCGACGCCGUUGACCUGCUCUUUAUUUUACUGUUCGCCACCGUGCGUGUGGGAGUAGGCACGGUGAUGUUUUACUGCGAGCUCACAUCUCCCAGGACCACACUGAUAAUGAAGCUCGGUGGCGUGGCCAUGUACGGACUGGCCUGGGUGUUCAUGGUGGACAUAGCCAGGUUUGGCUACAAGAAAAGUAGGGCAAAGUAUAAAAAAUGGCUGGAAAACCACAAGCUCAAAGAAAUCAAUGCACAAAUGGUGGACGGACUUCCAGAUAAUGCUCACUGAAGGAAUUCAACUUUUAAAAAGAAUUCAACUCUUGGAGGGACAAAGGCUUGCAAAGCUUGUGUGCUUCUGCCAUUUCAAAGGUGCUACUGUCCACAAAAAAUUGUGAUAAGGGAUUUUACUUUAAUGGUGAAAUGUAAAUUUAGCAUAUUUACUCAAACACUGUACUUAAGGGCCGACUCUAUCUACUUUUCUGGGUUUCUCAAAUGGAAAAAGCCCAUUCAGCCUUAGCAAAAAGCAGUGAUGUAGGUUACCACAGUAGGCUAUCCAGUAAGCUUAUGAUUAAUGUGAAUGCUUGCACUGUGUGAGACAAUGUUAGUUGUGGAAUUAGUUCGGAAAAAACAGGAAACAAACAAAGCAACUUACUACUGUGGAUGUUGCAUUAGUUCACAAACACAAGCACAAACUAAUUAACCGAUCAAGGCUGCAGUUGGUUAGAUCAGUGUACUCU